AUGGUAUGCACCACCAAGACCAAGGCAGACCGGUUCCCACGGCCUAGCUCCCGUGCACGCAUGCGUGCGAUGCCCCGGUUUGGCUGCCGCAAUUCGAAACAAGACGCCGCGAGCGGGUGGGAUUGGGGACGGGGGGUUAGGCGGUGGGAGACGGGCGACGAGGGAAUGGGCUGGGCAUUGGAGGAGAAUGCGAGCGCGGGAAAGCGAGAGGCUGGUGCAUUGAGCAUUGCCGGCGUCACGCUCAUGCUCACGCUCACGCUCUCGCUCUACGGGGGGCUCGCUCGCCAAUCUCAGCGGCGGACUCAGUCAUUGCAAGGUCGUCUGGGUCCUUUCCUCUACCGGCCCCAUCACCCGCCAGCCAGUCGUCUGCCGGGACAUGACCUCGCCUCCCGCCCUCCAGGGUAUCGGUUCCCGCCCUGGUGGUGCUGCCACGCCCGACGGGCAUUUGCCGGCGCUGUUGCUGCCUCAACAACAACAACGGCAACAUCAACAUUGGCGUCGCUCUCAUCAACGGGCCCGCCUGCCCGCUAUGGAGGGAUAGACCCACUCGUGAGCGGUUUCAUCAGGGGGCAAGGGACAGGACGUGCCUGCACAGAGGCUAGGCACGUCUAG